AUCGACCGCCAAAAAGUUCAGGAAAUUCUGCCGUUUUCCACUUUUCCAAGACCUUCAUAAGGAACAUCCGCAAUUUCGCGACCAUGGCAGACGGUGGUAUGCUUCUCAACUUUGACAUUGGCGGUGAUGCUCCGCUUAAGAGACAGGUCAAGUUCACAGGUGGUCGCUGGAGAGAUCGAGUCCACGCUCAGCGAAGCGCACGAAAGAAUCGCGAAGGGCAUGCGAGUUCAGCCAAUUCCACCCCGCUGUCUAAUGAUCGACGACACCUUCACCAUGACUACGACCAGGAUGAGAGGCCUGCGAAGCGUCAGAGGACGUUCGGCGACUCGAAUGGCCGAAUAGCGCACUCUGGGCAUGACACAUAUAGCACGGGUUCUAGACCAGGUGGCAGCGUUACGUCCAGACUAUUUACGUCCAACCCGACACCGAGAACUGUUUUCGAGGAUGUAAUCGACGAGACAGAACCAGCGAAGCCGUCAAAUGCCCCAUUAUCAGAUGAAGCCGAAAACUUCCGCGCCCUUGGGUUGUCGCCGCGCAUCGCACAACACUUGUCGUCUAAGCUCGAGAUGAAGGCCCCGACUUCUAUACAAAAGAAUACUAUCCCGCUGCUCAUAAAGGAUGACAGCGAUGCUUUUCUGCAGGCUGAAACAGGAUCUGGGAAGACUCUAGCCUAUCUAUUACCUGUCGUUCAGCGGAUUAUAGCCUUAAGUCAUAAUGAAGACGGCUCUAGUACCGGAACUCGAAUACAUCGUGACUCAGGCUUAUUCGCUAUUGUCUUAGCCCCUACGAGGGAACUAUGUAAACAAAUUGCUGCUGUUCUGGAGAAGGUGCUGCAUUCUACCCCUUGGAUCGUCAGCACGACUGUGACAGGAGGAGAGAGCAAGAAGUCCGAAAAGGCUCGACUUAGGAAGGGGGUUAACAUACUGAUCGCCACACCUGGCCGUCUCGUUGAUCAUCUGGACAACACGAAAGUCCUAGACGUCGGCACCGUGAGAUGGCUCGUUCUCGAUGAAGGGGAUAGGCUGAUGGAGAUGGGAUUCGAAGACGAGUUAAAAAGCAUCGUGGGGAAAAUCCGUCAGGAGAAGCUUAAAGAGACGAAUAAGGAGGGGGUAACCCUUGGCGCCUUGCCGCAACGGCGUGUCACCGUCCUCUGUUCCGCCACAAUGAAAAUGAACGUGCAAAAGCUGGGCGAGAUUAGUUUACAAGAUGCUGUCCACAUCACAGCAUCUAAGUUAGAGAACGAGGGCGACGCGGCGACUGAUACCAACGAUGCUGUUUUUAGCGCGCCGUCUCAGCUCAAACAGUCUUAUAUCGUUGUACCAGCCAAAUUACGUCUGGUCACAUUGAUAGCACUUCUGAAGUCGUCCUUCGCUCGCAAAGGCUCGGUCAUGAAAGCUAUCGUUUUUAUCUCUUGCGCCGACUCAGUCGACUUUCACUUCGACUUACUCCGCUCUACGCCAUCACAAUCCUCUUCAUCCAAGGACGCGUCCCCUACAAAAGACACCGUUGCCGAUGCUGCUUACAUCACAUCGCCGGCAAACCCGGACAUAACCCUCCUCAAACUCCACGGCUCGCUGCAGCAACCCGUGCGCACAUCCACCCUGGCCGCCUUCCACGCCUCCAAGGACCCGUCCGUGCUCAUCACAACCGACAUCGCUUCUCGCGGUCUCGACGUCCCCGCAGUCGACCUCGUCAUCGAGUACGACCCCGCCUUCAGCAUCGACGACCACGUCCACCGCAUCGGCCGAACCGCGCGCGCGGGUCGGCCGGGCAAGGCCACGUUGUUCCUCCAACCGGGCUGCGAGGAAGGUUAUGUCGAGCUGCUGAAAUCCGCGACCCCGCUCACGCCCCAGUCCUAUGACUCCACCCUGCAGAAGGGCUUCGUAACGCCCAUCACCCUCCCCAAAUCAGACAAGACGUCCGAAGCCCAGACCCUAGUAUCGGAACGUCAGACGCCGAACUCCCGCGCGGAGGCGCUGCAACUGCACAUCGAGCAGCGGCUCCUGGCUUCUGACAAGGAGGGCGCGGAAGGCGGAAAGGGGGGAGAGGCUAAGAAGUUGCUGGACUCGGCGCGCCAGGCCUUCCGCUCGCACAUCCGCGCGUACGCCACCCACGUCCGCGACGAGCGCGGCUUCUUCGACAUCACGCAGCUGCACCUGGGCCACGCGGCCAAGAGCUUCGGGCUGCGCGAGGCGCCGGGCGGGAUCGGGGGCGGGCCGUCGAGGAGGACGCAUAGACCUGGUCCGCAGCAGAAGAGCGGUAAUAGUAGUAAUACCAGUAAUGGUGGGCAGAAUAGGCGCAGGGCUGGCGACGAGAGCGAUGGCGAAAAUGCCGUUGAUGAGGACGCGGCGAGGAGGAUGCGGAUGAAGAUGAAGCAGGUUAUGAGCGCGGCUGGGGAGUUUAAUAUCGGUUGAGGUGGGCUGGAUGAUGUUAGGAGAUGGGAUAUGGGAUGUGGGGCAUGCAUGGGUUGGUGAUUAGGGGUAUAGACAAAAAAUAGUACGAGCACGAUGAAUGAGUGGAGUUGACGAGGAAUUCAAUAUGAUUUAUUGAUUUAACUUCCGGUCAUACCCCGUAUAUAUAUAUAUA